UUUCACAGAGCUUUAUUGUACAAGAUUUAUAACGUUUACACUUCUGACUGUGGAAGAGAAGAAGUUCUGUGGAAAUGUCGAAGAUCGAGAAAAUGAGCAUCCUCGGCGUGAGGAGUUUUGGAGUAGAGGAUAAAGACAAACAAAUCAUCUCUUUCUUUAAUCCAUUAACGAUUUUGGUGGGACCAAAUGGUGCAGGGAAAACGACUAUUAUUGAAUGCCUUAAAUACAUAUCCACUGGAGAUUUCCCUCCUGGCACCAAAGGAAACUCAUUUGUUCACGAUCCAAAGAUUGCCAAUGAAACAGAUGUCAGAGCUCAGAUCCGGUUGCAGUUUCGAGAUGUAAAUGGAGAGCUCGUGGCUGUCCAGCGAUCCAUGGUCUGUACCCAGAAAGGCAAGAAAACAGAAUUUAAAACACUUGAAUCUGUCAUUACUAGAACAAGGCAUGGUGAGAAGGUCAGCCUGAGUUCCAAGUGUGCAGAAAUCGAUCGUGAGAUGAUCAGUGCCCUUGGUGUGUCCAAGUCUGUGAUCAACAACGUCAUUUUCUGCCACCAAGAAGAAUCCAACUGGCCCUUAAGUGAAGGGAAGGCCCUGAAACAAAAAUUUGAUGAGAUCUUUUCAGCAACAAGGUACAUUAAAGCACUGGAAACUCUCCGUCAGGUACGAAUGAAGCAAAGCUUGAAAGUAAAAGAGUGUCAGACAGAACUGAAAUACCUAAAACAGAACAAAGAAAAAGCCCAGGCAAUCCAGAAUGAUCUGAGCAACAGGGAGGCUCAACUGGCUGCUUCUAAGGAGAAUGUAAAAUCUAUUGAGAGUCAGCUUGAACCUCUAAAGAGUUCCCUGACAGCUGUUGAACAGAAUCUCAUGAAAGUAAUGAAGCUAGACAAUGAGGUGAAAGCCCUGGAGAGCAGGAGGAAGCAGAUGGAGAAGGAUAAUCAAGAUUUGCAACAGAAGAUGGAGAAGGUUUUUCAGGGAACAGAUGAACAGCUGAGGGAUAGAUACCAGAACCACCAGAGAACAGUGAAGGAGAAGGAGAAGAGACUCACAGACUGCAAGCGUGAGUUAGACAGAGCCACUAAAGAAUGCCAGAGAUUUAACAGUGAGAAGUCAGAGCUGCUUAUUGAACGAGGUCGUCUCCAGCUGCAGGCAGACCGUCACCAGGAGCACAUCACCACCAGGGACUCCUUGGUCCAGGCGCUGGCAGCCCAGCUGGAAUUCGAGGGCUUCGAGCGAGCGCCUUUCAGCGAGAGGCACCUGGCCAGUUUUCACUCCCUGCUGAAGAAGAGGCAGGACAGGGAUGCAGAAGCUGCAGAUCACAUGAUGAGAGAAUUUGCACGAAAAGAAGCAAUGAAACAAAAACAGAUAGAGGAAAUCAGAGACAAGAAAACUGGAUUAGAAAGAACCAUUGACCUGAAAUCAGACAUUCAAAAUAAGAAGCAAAUUGAGCUGAAGAACGUAAAACACGAGCUGCAGCAGCUGGAGGGGUUUUCAGACAGGAUUCUGGAGCUGGAUCAGGAGAUCACCAAGACAGAACAUGAACUGGAGAAAGCUGAGAAGAACAGCAAUAUAGAAACACUGGAAGGGGCAGUAAGGACUCUGCAAAAUGAGAAAAUAAACCUGGACAAAGCUCUUAGGAAGCUGGAUCAGGAGAUGGAACAGCUGAACCUACACACCACAACCAUUACCCAAAUGGAGAUGCUAAAGAAAGACAAAGCAGACAAAGAAGAGCAGAUUAGAAAAGUAAAAUCAAGACAUUCUGAUGAGCUGACUUCACUUUUGGGAUACUUCCCAAAUAAAAGCCAACUUGAAGACUGGCUUCAUGCUAAAAAUAGAAAGAUUAAUCAGACAAGGGAUAAUCUUGCUGGCCUUAACAAACGACUGGCAUCAGUAGAAUAUGAUAAAAGUUAUGCCAGCAGUGAGCUAAGAAAAAAAGAGGCACAGUUGUCCCAUCAUGAAGCACAACUUUUUGAUGUUUGUGGAAGCCAAGAUUUUGACAGUGAUCUGAACAAACUUCAAGAUGAAAUUGAAAAAAGUUCAAAACAACGAGCUGUGCUUGCUGGAGCCACUGCAGUGUAUUCCCAGUUCAUUACACAGCUGACAGAGGAGAACCAGUCCUGUUGUCCAGUUUGCCAGAGAGUUUUCCAGACAGAGGCUGAGCUGCAGGAUGUGAUCAGUGACCUGCAGUCCAAGCUGAGACUUGCUCCAGACAAACUCAAGUCUACAGAGGUUGAGCUUAAGAGGAAAGAGAAGAAACGUGAUGAAAUGAUGAGUCUUAAACCACUCAGGCAAACUGUGACUGAACUCCAAGAUAAGGACAUACCAAACUUGAGGAACAAGAUACAGAAUGCAAACAGGGAUUUGACAGCCCUGAAGGGUGAGAUAGAAGAGCAGGAAUCCCUCCUGCAGACAGCUCUGUCUGAGGAGGAUGGUGCCAAGGCAUGUUUACAGGAUAUAACACUCAUGGAAAGGUACCAGACUGACAUUAGAGAUGUUGAACGAAAAAUUGCUCAGCAGGAGGCAAAGCUCCUAGGAGUUGAUUUAAGUAGAACUGUUCUACAAGUAAGCCAUGAAAAACAAGAGAAAAAACACCUGUGGGAUACAGUGACUGGUAAAAUUGAACUCCAUCAAAAACACAAGCAAGACCAGCAAAAUCAGAUUCAGCAGCUGAAGAGUGCAGUGAAUGAGCUUAAAGCAGAGAGGCUGCAGAUUUCCAGCAGCAUGCAGCGUCGGAGGCAGCUGGAGGAACAGACAGUGGAGUUAACCACUGAGGUUCAGUCCUUGUGCAGAGAGAUCAGGGAAGCAAAAGAACAGGUAUUUCCUUUGGAUGCAACUUUACAAAAGCUGCAGGAGGAGAAGGAGGAUCUGGUGAAUAAAAGGGCUGCAAGUCAUAAAGAAACACAAGAGAAGAUAAAUGGCAUCAAAGAGAAAGUUAAGGAUAUAAACAAGUACAUGAAAGAAAUUGAAAACUAUAUUCAGCAAAGAAAAGAUGACUAUAAAAAGCAAAAGGAAUCUGAACUGGAUGAGGUCAACUCCCAGUUAGCUGCCUGUGAGAAACAGAAGGAAAAGAUAAGUAAAGAGAUGGAAACCAUUCGACAAGAUAUUGACACUCAAAAGAUCCAGGAGAGGUGGCUAGAGGACAACCUCACUCUGAGGAAGCGAAACGAAGAGCUGAGAGAAGUUGAAGAUGACAUAAAACACCUUGUGAAGGAGAUGGGAGAAAUGAAAGUCCCACAAAUGAAAAAUGAAAAAAACAAUUUAGAGGAGAGAAUAGAAUCUCUGAAAAGGAACCACCACCUUGCACUCGGCCGCCAGCGGGGCUUUGAGGAGGAGAUCGUUCGGUUUAAACGGGAGCUUCGAGAGCCCCAGUUCAGGGAUGCAGAGGAGAAACACAGGGAGAUGAUGAUUGUCAUGAGAACCACAGAGCUGGCAAACAAAGACCUGGACCUUUAUUAUAAGGCUCUUGAUAAAGCAAUAAUGACAUUUCAUAGCAUGAAGAUGGAAGAAAUCAACAAAAUAAUCCGUGACCUUUGGCGAAGCACCUACAGAGGACAAGAUAUUGAUUAUAUAGAGAUUCGCUCGGACGCAGACGAGAACGUCUCAGCCUCUGACAAGAGAAGAAGUUACAAUUACAGGGUGGUCAUGAUCAAGGGAGACACAGCCCUGGAUAUGAGAGGAAGAUGUAGUGCUGGGCAAAAGGUGCUUGCUUCUCUUAUUAUUCGUCUGGCUCUAGCAGAAACAUUCUGUCUCAACUGUGGCAUCCUGGCUCUGGAUGAGCCCACGACCAACCUGGACCGAGAAAACAUCGAGUCCCUGGCACAUGCCCUGGUGGAGAUAAUCAAAAGCCGCUCCCAGCAGAGAAACUUCCAGCUUCUGGUGAUCACUCAUGAUGAAGAUUUUGUUGAGCUUCUGGGCCGUUCUGAAUACGUGGAAACCUUCUACAGGAUAAAGAAGAACAUUGACCAGUGCUCUGAGAUCAUGAAGUGCAGCGUCAGCUCCCUGGGCUCGUAUGUUCAUUAG